GUCAGAUAGUGUAGUUUCAACAUCUACCAGCAGGAGCUGACAAAGUCACACUAACCAGAUGAACUUAUGACGUUAUAGCUGUCAGUUUCACAGAUGUAGGCUACUUGUGAUCUGUUUAAGUCUAAUUUAAGUCUAAUUAGAAAUGAUUUCAUCAUUCAGAUAACGUGAUUUAUUACUGCUGGCCGCAGAAGAAGCUUUUCCUCUGACACAAAUCUUUGUGAAACCGAAAGUGAAACUGAGAGAAAUCUUAGAGUGAAACAGUGUUUCUUGACUAUUGCAAACGGACACUUCACUGAGCUGUUUGCGGUGGGACAUUUACUCGAGUGUCACUGCACAGAUAUAUUCAACUCCCAUUUUCAAGAACACAACAUCAUCUGUCUUGAUUUUUGCUACAAUGGAAGUAGAUCUACUUGGAUCCUUCAUUCUUCUCCUUAUGUCUAACACAGGGUCCAGUGCUGAGAUCUCUGUGUUUGUUCAGACGGGAGAUUCGGUUCAGCUGGAUAUACAGACACAAGAACAGUUUGAAUUUUUAUACUGGAGUAAUGAUAAAUCAGAGAAUAUAGUUAAAUAUACAAGUGAAACUAAAAGAGUUAGACUCUACAAGGACAGAGUGGAUUUCAAUGAUAAAACCUUCUCUCUGACACUGAAGAACACACAGAAGACAGACAGUGGACUCUACACAGCAAGAACAAGUGGAAAAUUAGACAAGAAUAUUGUUACAUACAGAGUAUCUGUUAUAGACGCUGUGGAGGCUCCUGUGCUGACUGUGAUCUCAAACCGGUCCAGCAGUGACUCCUGUACUGUGAACUUCACAUGCAGAACUCAUGAGCUCAAGAUUGACUCUAGCUAUCAGAACAACAGCUGCUUACGAGAGGAAGUGACAUCACAGAACAACACUCUCAUCCUGGACUGCAGUGAGGAUUCCAUCAUCUGUAACCACAGCAACCCUGUCAGCUGGAAAGAAGACAGAAUAAACGUCACACAGCUCUGUGAAGAUAAUGAGAGACGAUUCCCACUCUCCUAUGGUUCAUCUUCCAUGACUGUGCUCAUUAUUGUGUGUGUUGUUUUGGGAGUGAUAGUUCUUGCUGGUUUGGUCCUUUACUGUUGCUGCAAGAAUAAAACAGACUCUGACCCAGAAGAUGACAGGAGAUACAAGGACCAACGUCACCUACUGUACGACAAAACCAAACACCUUCAUUUCCUUCUGAUUGCUGAAGAUUACACUCUGCUGAGUUAAACACUUUGAUGAUUGACUGAACAGAACUAAAGUCUGAAUUUAACUAACUGAGUUCAUAACUCAUAACUUUUAUGCUGAUUGAAUUGUCCAUUCUUGACUAUGUUUCUGUUGAACGAGAGAUUUUAAUAUCUCAGUUUGGGUUAACCUAAUAAAGGUUCAAUUUCACAGCCUACUACUGUUCAAUAAAUACAAUUUAUAAG